UCCCCCACCCGGCCUGACUGACAGCUGGGCCAGUCAGGGCUAUUUAUGGCUUUGCCUGAUGUUGUGCUCCCCUGCGCCUCCCAUGCUGGGCCCCACCCAGCUCGGGCCCAGCACCCACCUGCCCGGUCCACCAGCAACAUCGCUGGGAGUCGUGCUGCUUUGGCUCUCCCAGAACAAGCCAUGCCCUGGGGAAAGAACUCCUCUCCCCACUGGGGACACCAUCUGGGGUGCCUUCCCUCUGCCCCGGCCUGCCGGAUCUGGAGGCCCCACUCCCGCCCAGCCUGGGAGCCCCCUCGGCCAUCACCACUGCUCUGCCAAGACAUGGCCCUGCAGAAUGCCCUCUACACCGGGGACCUGGCAAGGUUGCAGGAGCUGUUCCCCCCGCACAGCACAGCCGACCUGCUGCUGGAGAGCCGGGCUGCAGAGCCUCGCUGGAGCAGCCACCAGAGGGGACUCUGGUCUCUGACAUACGAAGAGGAGCUGACCACCCCACUGCAUGUGGCAGCCAGCCGUGGCCACACGGAAGUCCUGCGGCUGCUGCUGAGGCGGCGAGCAAGGCCAGACAGUGCCCCUGGGGGCCGCACCGCCCUGCACGAGGCCUGUGCUGCAGGCCACACUGCCUGUGUUCAUGUGCUGCUGGUGGCAGGAGCCGACCCCAACAUCGCUGACCAGGAUGGGAAACGCCCCCUGCAUCUCUGCCGGGGGCCUGGCACCCUUGAGUGUGCGGAGCUGCUCCUCAGGUUUGGAGCGAGAGUGGAUGGUCGGUCCGAGGAAGAAGAGGAGACCCCUUUGCAUGUGGCCGCCCGGCUUGGCCAUGUGGAGCUGGCAGAUCUGCUUCUAAGACGGGGGGCAUGUCCUGAUGCCCGCAAUGCCGAAGGCUGGACCCCACUGCUGGCUGCCUGUGACGUCCGCUGCCAGUCCAUCGCCGAUGCCGAGGCCACCACCGCCCGCUGCCUGCAGCUGUGCAGCUUGCUGCUUUCAGCUGGAGCAGACGCUGAUGCUGCCGACCAGGACAAGCAGCGACCCCUGCACCUGGCCUGUCGCCGUGGCCAUGCAGCUGUCGUGGAGCUGCUCCUGUCCUGUGGUGUCAGCGCCAACACCAUGGACUAUGGGGGACACACGCCCCUGCACUGUGCUCUGCAGGGCCCAGCUGCAGCCCUGGCCCAGAGCCCCGAGCACGUGGUUCGGGCUCUGCUCAACCAUGGCGCCGUCCGUGUCUGGCCAGGGGCCCUCCCCAAGGUGCUGGAGCGCUGGAGCACGUGCCCUCGGACCAUCGAGGUCCUGAUGAACACCUACAGUGUUGUGCAGCUUCCCGAGGAGGCCGUCGGCCUGGUGACUCCUGAAACUCUGCAGAAACAUCAGCGUUUCUACUCCUCCCUCUUUGCCUUGGUGAGGCAGCCCAGGUCGCUGCAGCAUUUGAGCCGCUGUGUGCUCCGCUCCCACCUGGAGGGCAGCCUGCCCCACGCGCUGCCCCGCCUCCCCCUGCCACCGCGCCUGCUCCGCUACCUGCAGCUGGAUUUUGAGGGCGUGCUCUACUAGAUGUCCACGGCCUUUUGAGAGGGCCUGAAAGCAGAUGCCCCAGCCUGCAGAGGGCGCGCCUCUGCACUAACUCAGGCCAGGUAGCCCUGGCAGCAGGAGGCCCAGCUCCGCAGGCAGGUGUGGAUGCUGCAAUUCCCAAUGCAGAGAAGUGGACCGACAGCGGCAGCCGGGUGAUGUCUGAUGAAGACACACUCCUACUGGGGCUCUCCUGAGGCCCCCUUCUAGCCUGUGCAAACCCUGUAUGUGCAUUAAAAAUCUCCAGGUCUGUG